AUGACCACUAGAUCCGAUGCACACCAGGCUGAGUGCCGCUUGCCGAUUCCGCCGUGCCAAGUCCCUGCUAUUGGAGCCCAGUUCUCCAAACACAAUUUUCUCGGCCAUGUGUGUCGCCUUAUGCACAAGCGGCAGGUCGCCUUCCGUCAACCAUCCGCCGCUAUUGCGUCCAACCCAUUGGUGGCCCUCCUUCUGCCACCAAAGGUGUACCACAAGGUCGCCCGUCAACUCGCGAAGGACAAUGUGUCACGUCUGCGAGAUGUCACCGCUGCAGAUGGUACUGAACUGGCGAGCUGGGACGAGCUACGCCGGCGUCUACACAUCAAAGGUCGGCAGCGUCAGUGGUACGUUGCACUGAGACGCCACGCCUGCGUUCCACCUGUCGGCGGUACGCCUUGUACCGGUGUUGAAGAAGACUCGGAUGAAUACACUGAUGACUCCGACAAUAUGCAAACGCAACCUGGUCAGGAUGCAGCUGCUGGUGCGCUAUCGGAUGAUAUCCCUCGACCCUACUUGUCUAUUACUCCCAGCAGUGAGUCCGAGGAUGAGUCUCUUGUUGACCCCCGAGCUAGACGACGUGCAGAAGCCCAGGCCCGAGUGACCGCUGCUGGCGCAGAGGAAAACAAUUUUUAUAAACCUCCUGGUGCCAUUGCUGCAUGCUAUGACAGUAACAGAGGUGACUAG